AUGUCGGGCUUUGAGAUCGCCGGCGUCGUUCUAGGCGCAUUUCCCAUCCUAUGCGGCACGGCCAAGAACCUCGGUACAAUGUUCAAGAAGACAAAGUGGUGGUGGCAGUUCGAGACCUCCUUUGAGAACUUUGUCUCGACAAUAGCUACCCAGGAGAUCGCCUACAUACAGGUGCUGGAACGCCUUCUCGGUCCAUUGGAUGUCACCGAAGCAGAGUAUGACAGUCUCCUGAGAGACCCAAAGUCGAACCUCUGGCACGAGAGCCACAUCCAGGAAGAGUUACGGCAAUGUCUGCCACAUAGCAAGUACACUUGGUUCAUGUGGAAUCUAUCGGACCUCAACACGGCAAUAGAAGAAUUGCAAAAACUGCUUCCUAUUGAUAAGACCAGCUUCAGUAGCGACAAGGAUCGCCUCUUGAAGCGUAUCACGGAUGUCAACGAUGACUUGCACCAGUUCUUCGACAGGGGGGCGACCUUGGUCAGGCCUUCCGCCACGAAACCGACGAUACCCUUCCGCGAUAUGCAUCGCCGGGCCGUCACGUUCUACGAGUGCCUGGCCCGCCGUUGGAAAUGCUCUUGUUUGAGUGCACACACGGUUGGUAUCGCUGCUCAUCCAGCUAUUCAUAAGCCAUCUCGGAUGGCAGAGCAUGGCUACUUCAACGUCCUCUUCGAAGCCGAAGCCAGCUUUAAGCAGCUCAGGCUGCAGGUCGAGACGCUUACAACCAGUAAAUAUGAAACGAACAGCGACUCUGUAGCACCGGAGAAGGCCGAACCCCUGGACCAGAGCACCAUCAACGCUUCGACCUUACAGUCCAUCGACUCUUUCAUCAAGACGACGACCAUAAGGCAGAGCCGGCUCUAUGUCGGCCUCAGCCUCGCCCUCACCCUCCUGUGUCUGGCGACGUCGUCCUGGGUCCCGACGCAGCUGGCCAAGGACGACAUUUUUCUCGUCUGCUGCGAAUCGGGGGGCAAGCCGUCGUCAUCGAAGAGGUUCGGUCCAUACUUCUCGCGGACCUCGCAGGACAUAUGCUCCUCCUCCUCCUCCGUGGAAAGCCGGACGUGGAACGCCAAGUCGUCGCUACUGCUCCUCGGCGUUGUCCUGCUCGAGCUCUUCCACGGGCAGCAGCUCGAGCAGCAGGACGCGUGGGCCGAGUCGCUCGACGAGGAGGGCCAGCCCAACGAGAGCACGAGGCUUUGUGGAGCGUUCCUCUGGAUCUGCAGGGCCAAGGAGUCUCUCAAGACGCAUUUCGGCAGUGAGCUGGGUGGUGAGCUGUCCGAGGCGAUCCGCAAGUGCAUCUGCUUCGACUUUGGGCGCGACGACGACUAUGGGGACUCUCGCCUCGCCGAGGUGGUGUACCGAGAGGUGGUCGUCCCGCUGGAGAAGUGCUGUCCGUCAAUAUGA